UUUCAGAGGUGAGGUAAAAAAAUCGGAAUCAAUACAUUGUAAAAUAAAAGUGCAAAAAAAAAAAAUACAAGAGUGGAGAGAAUCUGCUCUAAAAAAAAAGGCCAACGUAACUUAACGUAACACGCCUUGACGUCAUCACGCAGACCCCAAAUGAGCUUGGGUUGCUGUUUUCACCGAACCACCAGCAGCAGCAGCCAACGGGCAGAGAAGAAGGAGCAGAGAGUCAACACACAGAGCCGCACUUUAACCACCUCUCUGUGUUUAUGCCAUUUAUUAGAGGCUUUCUGUCGAUGAUAACUCCUCACACCUUUAUGGUACCUUCCACCGUGUUAUCCUCGCGUUAGCUGCGUGCUUUAUUAACCUGUAACCGGAUGGAGUCCUUGUUCAAACGAUCGGUAACGGACAAGAGAUCAUCCAGCUAAUGUUAGCUAGCCGCGGACUGCACGGUGUAGAGAGAGAGAGGAGAACUGCUGCUGACGGACACACGGACACGGACACUCACCUAAACAAUGGGCCUCAUAUUCGCCAAACUGUGGAGCUUCUUCUGUAACCAAGAGCACAAGGUGAUAAUCGUCGGACUAGAUAACGCAGGGAAAACCACCAUCCUCUACCAGUUUCUGAUGAAUGAGGUCGUCCACACGUCGCCCACCAUCGGAAGCAACGUGGAGGAGAUAGUGGUGAAGAACACUCACUUUCUGAUGUGGGACAUAGGAGGGCAGGAGUCUCUCCGGUCCUCCUGGAACACCUACUACUCCAAUACAGAGUUCAUCAUUCUGGUGGUGGACAGCACAGACAGAGAGAGGCUGGCCAUCUCUAAAGAGGAGCUCUACAGGAUGCUGGCUCAUGAGGACCUGCGGAAAGCAGCUGUGUUGAUAUUUGCCAAUAAGCAGGAUAUGAAGGACUGUAUGUCUGCAGCGGAGAUCUCCAAAUACCUCACCCUGAGCUCCAUCAAAGACCACCCCUGGCACAUACAGUCCUGCUGUGCACUUACAGGAGAGGGUUUAUGCCAAGGCCUCGAGUGGAUGACCUCGAGGGCUGGACUCAGAUAGCCCCUCCCUGAGCCGUCGAUGGCCUGACUACCUGCACCACCCACACGGUGGCAACAAACAACAGUUUGUCCUUACCGGCUUAUUGUUACUUUUUAUUUUUUUAAUGACAAACUUGGACUUUGACCUCUGGAGACGGCACAAGACGGAGGAGCAUUGACACCUACCACAGCUUAAUUGUUACAGUGGAGCCGGUGUUUCUCUCCCAGUCGAUGGAAACGUGACCAGAACUGAUGAUGACUGGUUAUGUGGAACGAGAAGUCGCUUUUAUGGUAAAGGAGGAGGAGAAGAUCAUUUCAGUAAGUUUGUCCAAGUGCAAAGCAGGGCUGCACUGGACAUCAUUUACACCACAUAUCAUGUUACGUCACACUAUAUCAUAUCAAGAGAAUGCCAUAAACAUCACUUUGGUGCAGCUCUAUUAAUAUUAUUAUCAUUUUUUUUUUUUUGCCUCUUUAAGUUUGUUCAUGUUCAGGUAAAAAUUGACGGAACAAACAAAGGGAUUACAAGCAGUAUUGUAAAACCAGUUUUGAUGGGAGUGGUGGCACGAGGGAGUUUUUCAGAAUAAUGUUCACGUCGGGGUUUUUUUCCGUUCUCAUUUCUAGCACAGACAUUAAUAUCUGUUACACAUGAUUUCAGUUUCAUAAGCUACAUUGUUGGUGGUUAUUCUCACACUAGAACAUAUUGAAAUGUGGUCAAAUAUGACUUUAUUACCUUUAUGUUAUUGAGCUAAAUGGUGCAGAGUGUUGGCAUGCCAACCUUUUCCUAAAACUGACCAUCACUUGAGCCAUUUAUUGAAUUUUUCAAAGCAUUAAAUGGCUGAAACAUCAUUAUUUCAAAUGCAACUACAGCGCUCCGUUUUGAUAACAGUAUUUUAAAUUUAAACACUACGUUUUGUCAAUGAUGCAUUUAUGAUUUUUAUUUAAUUUUAUUCAUUUUUAUUUUUGCUUAUUUUAUUUUUUGCGAGUUAGCAUAUAGACCUGUUUUUGUAUUAACAGAUGACCAUUGGUGCUCUGCAGGUGUGUGUGUGAGACUGAUCCACAGCAUCCUCAUAUAUAAACAUUUCAUUCAUUUUCUGCAGCCUUUUUGGCGCAUAUUCCUCUUUAAACAUUUUGUACUUUUUCAACAAAGGGAUCAGAAUAAGCCACCAUCAAAAAGGUGCCACGCAUUUAUGGGGAAGUUGUUACUCAUCAGCCAUCCUGGACUUGAAGGUUCGGUGGUUUAGUAGCAUUGCGAUGAUCUUAAGUCAAUAUAGUAUCAUAUAGUUAAAAUACUUGAUCCUCAGCCUUAACCAUGCUUUUGUGAGUGUCUGGAGGACUGUAUGUGUAUGAAUCUGACAGUGUGCCCAUGAUAUUUCACCAUCGUUUCCCUCUUUGACUCGGUAUAAAAAAAUUCCUUGAACCUGGUAACAGAUCUAUGCACGCGUCACUUUGAAACCAUGUCUACCUUUUGCAAGUUCCUCAGUGGCCAAAAAGGAGGAGGUACAUGAGUUUCAUUGAGUCUGAAUCCAAAUAGUGAUGAAGAACUGGUGUCCAUCUUGGUGAGGGAGUGCCUCUGGGUCUCUGGAGUAUACUUUGUUGUGGGACGAGAUAACUGUGCAGCCCCCAGACUCUUUGCAGCAUCAAGAUUUACAGCUUUUACCUUGAUCUCACAAAGCAAGGGAACUGAUCUUAUACUGUCAGUGUGGUGUGUCCAGUCUGGGUCAUGUACUGUAUUUUAAAUUUGUUUUCAAUAAAAGUUUGUUUGAACUUUGA